AGCGCGCCUGACGGCUUUUCACAACAGGACGUGGAACAGCUAUAUUACAGUUAUUCAGUAUAUAAUGCGCGACCCGGACGAAGCAAAGUGGUCAUCUUCACGUCCUCUGCAUGCCACGAAUCAGCAGAGCUGUGGGUUUAAAGAGGGGAACAAAGGGCCGAGGGGAGGCAUCUGGGCACUUGAAACAAAGGGACUCGGUAAAGACAACCUGAGGAACCCGAGAAGCGAGUUUGAUAUUCCACCCAUCCCACAACAAGGGCAAUAACAUAAGAACAAUCGCCGAGGAAAGGAAACCCAGCGCAUCGGAGCAAACAGGACACCCGAUCUGCCCUGAUCAGGCAGGCAGACUGAGUAAGAGGUAGUGUAGCCUACCUCGAGGCGCUAGAUAUCGUUGACCCCGUUAUCUAUAUAUCUGCCUCCUUCCCCAUGAGUGACAGAAAGAGCACCAGGAGCGCUGAUGCUGGAGCUGAAGGCAUCGGUGCAGAACAGCUGCACUUGCUGGAAUAAAGGCUAAUCAAGACAAAGGCGAAAGAAAUUAAAGUUAUAGAGAGCUAAGUCUACACUAUAAAGUAUUGCUGUCUGAUCUGUUUUUACGCCUUUUUUUUCUAUAAAGAAGCUAUUGAGUAGACCGAAGAAGAUACCGAAGCGCUCGGCACUGCUGCUCUAUCCCGCAGCGCAACAUCGCCUUGUUUAAGACCGGAGGGAGAUUGGGGAAGGUCUGAUAAGGAAAGUGGAGGAGGCAACCUCGUUGUUCUCUUCUGUAUUCGAUUAUUAUUAUUCAGGGUUAAUUUCCCUGAGCUGUUCUGCUCCGGGACAAGAUGACAGUCCAGAUCCCGGAUGAUUCCGACUUCACUUCUUUCAAGGAGCAGUGCGAGAAUCUGGACGGCUGGACUGCCCGGUACAACAAGGGAGGAGUGACCGUGUGGUGCAGAGACGGCGAAGAGACUAACAGCGUCCAGAAAUUAAAGAUGAGAAUAGUCUGUAAGGAUGUGACUGCAGAAACAUUAUACGAUGUCCUGCAUGACACAAGUUAUCGGAAGAAGUGGGACAGUAACAUGAUUGAGACCUUUGACAUUGGAAGACUGACGGUAAAUGCAGAUGUGGGAUACUACUCCUGGAAGUGUCCCAGCCCACUAAAGAACAGAGAUUUCAUCACUCUGCGAUCCUGGCUUCCUCUGGGCAAGGACUACUUGAUAAUUAACUACUCUGUUAAACACCCACAAUAUCCCCCGAAGAAAGACUAUGUCAGAGCUGUGUCUUUACAAACCGGGUACCUGAUCCAGUCUAACGGUGCGAACUGCUGCACUCUCUACUAUCUAACCCAAGUAGAUCCAAAAGGUUCUUUGCCCAAGUGGGUGGUAAAUAAAGUCUCUCAGUUUGUAGCACCAAAGGCGAUGAAGAAGAUCUACAAGGCAUGCCAGAAGUACCCUGAGUGGAAACGGAAGCACAACCCCAACCUGAAACCCUGGAUGUACCCGGAGCAGAAUACUCUUCCCUGCAUCAGCCUGUCAGAGCUGUCUCUGCAGCGUGCAGACUCCCUGGAAAACAUCGACGAGAGUGGGCUGAGCGAGGAGAAAACCCACAUUAGCGAUGAUGACGAAGGCUUCUCCAAAGAGUCCUAGAGGCGCUGGAGGCUGUGCUGAUUGAACCCAAUCACCCAGGCAAUAAGACAGUGGAAGAACAUCAUUAGUUGACUGUCAAUAUCUAUAUGAAUGCCUGUGUGUAUCAUGUAUUGUAAUUGACUCUGUGCUAGGGACUUGUGACUUUUUUCACAUGACCUAAAAGGGUGGCUUUAUAUGAAACAUAUAUGUAUGUCCAGGUACAGAGUAACAGUAGUGUUCCUUAAUGCAUUACCUUGCUUAUAACCUUCCUGAAUCUAAUGACACAAGAUUUGUUUUUUUUCUCCUAGAGCGUAGUGAUGAAUGGAGUAUCACCCCCUGCUGGUAGAUUUGUGAAUGUGAAUCAACACAUAAACAAAUCAACAAAUAAAAUGCUUACAUUCAGUAUGAGGCACUUAGUAUCAGUGGGCUGAAGAGUUUAACUGUUGACAUAUUCCAUGCCUUGAUGUUAUUAAUAUAUGUCCCAUAUUAGAAGGUUAAAGCAACAGAAUGCAUGAAGUGACUUCACUGUUAACCUGUGCAGGUGAAGACAGACAUCCUGAAACUGUCGUCCACUAAAGUAUUUGGUCACUUUAGCAUGGGACAGGAGUUGGAACAACAACUGAAUUGCUUCAGGUCUUCUGAGUAAAAUUUGUAAUGUAACAGUAAGUAGUAAUUCUCAUUAGAUGUGUUCACAGCCAUUUUAGCCAUUAAGAGAAAUCAGUCAACUGUCCCAAUAGUUUUGCUCCUUCAAAGUAAAAAAAUCGCUUUAUUAAAUUGACCCAAGAGGGUAGAAGUGAACUGAGUUUAUUAAAAAUAAAUUACUUAAGGGCUUUACUUAAUAUUCAUUGCUUUAUUUUCAUGAGAAAUGCUAAUUGUUAGAGUUUAUAGUAAAAAGUACAAUUUAGACUUCACUGUCCCAAUACUUUUGAAGGGCACUAUAUACAGUAGAUGAAACCAUGGGGAGCAUAUCAAAAAGUGGAAAUGCACUGUUGCCUUAGUAAUAUUUAAUUUGCCUUCUAUGUUUCAUUGUUCCAUGGUGCACAGUUUUCAUGACAUAUUUGAUUGAGUAGACAGACCUGAGUUAUGAGCACUCCUUAUAUCAAAUUAAAAACCACUAACACCAUAAAAGACAAAAAAAUCAGAGGUUUGAAAUAUACUUGAGACAGUAUAUUAAUUGAGUUUAGAAACUAGUCGUACCUGAAAAUUAAAGUUUAAAUAGUUGUUGUUGAUUGAUGUUUCUAAAUAAUUUUGGGGGGCGUUGGGUAGUUAAUCACUUGUUAGAUAACUGCUGAAUCCUGGAAUGUGGGUUAAUGUGAUAUGAGAUAUAUAAAGAAGAAGUAUGCAUUAUGCUAAACAGACUAAGGUGUUUCAACUAAGCGGAAGAAUAAUUGUCAAAAAGAGAUGAAGAAGGUGAAAUUAUUACCACCACCAUUAUUAUUAGCAUGGUCAAGAAGAGAGAUAUGGUAGAUGUACAUGGUUUGGAACACUACUAUUUGCCUGUUGUUAAGAUAACCAGUUCCUGUUCCAUGCUAUUUUACUGUGACCAAUUUACCUGAAUAAAACAUGCUACACACAUCUGAGGCACAGAGUAUAAAAGGUUCAAAAUCACCAAAGAGUAUAUGAAAUAGAAAAUGGAAAAAAAAUUAGCAUUUUCAAUCACAAAAAUGUACCUAGAUUUAUCACUAAGAUAUUUUAAGAUUUUAAUCUAUAAUGACAGCAAGAAUAUUAUUUUUAGGUAUUUUACUAAGAAUUGUGUGUACCAUACAAACAGUGAGCGGCACACCAAUUAAGUAGCAAGAUGUUUGUUGGAAUUUUGCUACCAGCACUAUGUGUAUUUCACUGUUAUUGUAUUUCAGAAUACAUGCAAUAACUAUCAAUGAAUGUAGAUAAAGAAACCCUAAACUUGAAAGGUAGCAAAUAAGGCAAUCCCAUUUUGUAGUAUUAGGUUUACACAUUCGUUAGGGAUUCUGUAAGAUAUAAUAUAUUGGUGCUGCAAUAAAAUUAACUUAUUUUUAAUGUGAAUCUUCAGUAAAUGCCCAUUGCAGAAUUCUUACUUUCAAUAGCCCAUCCAGUCACCUGAACAGUAUUACACAAGUACUGGUUCUCAUUGACAUUGGUAUCCACGUUCGUGUCGUUUUUGACAACUUUUAACUUUUGUUAACAAAUAUAUCAGAUACAAAUAGUCUUUCACAGCUUUUUUUCUUCUUUUAAACCUGGAUUUUGAUGCUGCCAUGCGUAAAUUCUAACAUGAUUGAUGAAUGAACUAACUGGCCUUGGAGCAAUGCUUGAAAUUUUAAGUAAGGAAUCCUAGGCUAUGAGUAGGUUACAAAACACUUCUCCAAAUCGUUUAAAAUGGCUGUAUAGAGCAUUUAGAUUUUUAAGAAUUAAAUACAUAUAUGGUGUAUAUUACAAAAGGAGUAGUAGGAAGUAUAGAUUUAAAAUCCAAUUUCUAUUUAGUGCAUGUGAAUUUUAGUGGGAAAGCAGAAUGUUUUCUUUGUUCUGAAUCAUUUAUCUGAUCAAUGACUCAAGAGUCAUUUUAAAAUACCAGUGCUUUGAUGCUUAACUCUUUGCUGAAAACUGUUGUAGCGGCAAGGCUUAUUAAUAAUACAGGAAUGAACCCCUACACUGUUCUCCUGCUAUAGUUAAGAGUGGGAAAAAUAUGGGGUUUAAAGCUUUCACACAAAUAAGAAGGAUGCUACAAUAUGGAAAACCUAAGCAAGAGAUCAUUCUAAGUAAGCCUUUAAGAUGACAACAUCUAGCUUCUCUAAAUGGAUUGGAUUCUUAAUUUGAAAAAUGAAAUCACUCAAUAUACAAAAUAAAAUUAAAAAAUGAAUGCCAGUAAGCUUAAAUGCACAUUCUCACCCUAAGCACCUUCUGCUAAUCCUGUCCGGGAAUAAAAGAUAUUUAAAAAAUAUAUCAGUACCAUAACCAUGUCCUGCUGGCAGGACACAAAUCAGAAGAACAAAACCCUGAGUAUGUUUUGAAAAGAAAUUUAUUAACAGGACAGCUAAUAGAUGUUUGCAAUUGCACAUUGGAUAUGCAGAGGUUAUCUGAUUUUCUCACUCAGCUGUUAAACUACAUUACCAGAGACAUAUACUGUAUUACAAUGACACUGAAAAGGAUCUUAUCAACAGAUCAUGUUGUCUUAAUUUUCAGGAUUAUGUAGGAAUCCUUGUUAAUAUACUGUAUUUUUUACCUUUUACAUUUUCUUAGAUGCACAUUUUCAUUAGAAUUCUAG